UAAACAUUAAACAUGGCCGCCGACGAAAGGUAGCGGUAGCGCCGUCGGUGGUGAAGGUCUUCGUUUCCGAAGCCAUUAAAGUUGAAUUUAAGCCAAACCGCUGACCCGACGCGACACUAAACAUCUUCCGUGCUACCGGGACAGAAGCUCACGGGAGCUCACGGAGAAAUGUUACCGUUAAGUCACCUCACGGCCGGCCGUUAAAAUCUCCGCUUCUUCCCGAGGGGUCUCUCCUCGCGAGCUGGACCGGAACAGCCACGAUGAAGACAGUCUGAAGCACAUGAUCUCGAUGGGCGGCCGGAGGCAGAAAGCAGUGGACGACGAAGAGCGCACUCUCAUCGUGCCUCCGUCUUCCUCUGGCGGGGAUCUCCCGGACCAAGAUGCCUCCGCGACGGGGUUCAUCUACGUGUUGGCGUUCUUCUCCGCCCUGGGGGGGUUCCUCUUCGGGUACGACACCGGGGUGGUGUCCGGGGCCAUGCUGCUCCUGAAGGAGGAGAUGAACCUGAGCACCCUGUGGCAGGAGCUGCUGGUCUCCAGCACCGUCGGGGCGGCGGCGCUCUCGGCCCUGAGCGGAGGCUUCCUGAACGGGUGGCUGGGCCGCAGGGUCUGCAUCCUGUUGGCCAGCUUCAUCUUCGCCGUCGGCGGCGUCAUCCUGAGCGCGGCCCCGGACAAAGCGGUGCUUCUCGUGGGCAGAGUCACAGUGGGUUUGGGCAUCGGCAUUGCCUCGAUGACGGUUCCCGUCUACAUCGCCGAAGUUUCCCCCCCCAACAGGAGAGGUCAGCUGGUCACCAUCAACUCCCUCUUCAUCACCGGCGGCCAGUUCAUCGCGAGCGUGAUCGACGGCGUGUUCAGCUACAUGGGCCGCGGCGGCUGGAGGUACAUGCUGGGGUUGUCCGUUCUCCCGGCGGUGCUGCAGUUCGUGGGCUUCCUCUUCCUGCCGGAGAGCCCUCGUUGGCUCCUCGCGAAGGGCCGGAGCCAAGAGGCCCGCCGAGCUCUGAGCCGGAUCAGAGGAGACCGGGGCGUCGACGAGGAGUACGCCGCCAUCCGAACCAGCGUCGAGAAAGAGAAGAAAGGGGCGGGUGGAGGAGGCCUCGUUAUUUCGCGGAUCUUGAGCCACGGUCCGACUCGAAGGGCUCUCAUCGUUGGCUGCAGCCUCCAGAUGUUUCAGCAGCUGGCCGGGAUAAACACCGUCAUGUACUACAGCGCCACCAUUCUGCAGAUGGCCGGGGUGCGUGAUGUCAAACAGGCGAUCUGGUUGACCGCUGCAACUUCCGCCACCAACUUCGUGUUCACCUUGGUCGGCGUGUGGCUGGUGGAGCGCGUGGGCCGCAGGAAGCUCACCCUGGGCAGUCUGAUGGGCACCGGUCUGAGUCUGACUCUGUUGGCGGUCGGGUUCUUGCUGGCGGCACAGCAUUCUCCGCCCACCACCCUCCACCCGGUCGACGCCCAAAACUCCACCUGCCGACUCUACAGGUCCUGUGAGUUCUGCAUGUUGGAUCCAGAUUGUGGGUUCUGCUAUCGUGAAGACGACAGCAGAGUGUACAACUCCUCCUGCGUUCCCGUCAAUCAAGCGUCCACAGAUAACGCCGCCUGGGGAAGGUGUUCCAACCAGACGGAGGCGACUGCGAGCCCGAUGUGGGCCUACAACUACUGUCCAACGUCCUACUCCUGGGUCGUCAUCAUGGGCCUCAUCCUCUACCUCGCCUUCUUCGCUCCGGGUAUGGGCACCAUGCCUUGGACGGUGAACUCCGAGAUCUACCCGCUGUGGGCCCGCAGCACCGGCAACGCCUGGUCGGCCGGGGUCAACUGGAUCUUCAACGUCCUGGUGUCCCUGACCUUCCUCCACGUCGCCCGGUACCUGACUUAUUACGGGGCGUUCUUCAUGUACACGGGCCUGGUGGCGGUGGGGCUGCUCUUCGUCCAGGGCUGCCUCCCGGAGACGAAGGGCCUGCCGCUGGAGGACGUGGAGAACCUGUUCGCCGGUCGGCUCUGCUCCUGCGGGUCCUCCUCGGCCACUCGCGACGUGCAUUACGUCCGGGUGAACGGCAGAGGCAGCCACCCCUCUGACAGCGACGCCUCGGACGCAGAGUAGACGUCUUCUCCGUGGGGGGGGGGGGGGGGGUGGACUUAACCGGUGAGAAUGUGUCUGAUCGUAGGCUCGGCGGUCUGUGACGGCAUCACGUCCACAAGGUGACGAUCCUCCAUGAACACAUUCCUGUUUUAAAUGUUUUUAAACUUUUCACGUGUGCUGCUGCUCGUGGGUCAAUGCUAUUGUUUGCACAGUGGGAUGGAUUGCACUUUAAAAAAAAAAAAAAGUGUCCUUUUGUUGUUUUCUUUUUUUCUUUUAUGUUGGUUUGCUAAAAUGCGUUGCUCGAAUAUUUAAUUAAACCUUUUUCUGGCGAGGUUCUGACUUUUUCUAGCGAGGUUCUGAGCGUCCCGUUUGCACAGAGACGCUCUGACAUUUGCCAGUUUGCAAUCUUAAAGACUAACAAAAUCAAGAUUACCACAAAAAAUUUGAAGAGGGGAAAUUUGCUAUUUACCUGUUUUUUUAUUUAUGUUUUUUUUCUGAGUGAAACGUGUGGAAAAUGGUACAAAGGCCGUCAUAAUUCUGGGAGCAGAAAAAACAUUUCCAAUAUUUCCAAAGUGCAUUUUGUGGUUACCGAUCCAUAAUCCUGACUUCUGAUGCCGUGUUUGUUACGACAGCAGUGAGAUCACCUGACUGCUAUUCAUGUGAAUCGUAUUAAUUACCGACGUUGUGGGAGAAAUUAAAAAAUGAAUGCCGUUUGUAUCGGAAACUAUUUUGUACAACGGGUGGAUGUGAUGUUUGUCGUGAAGGAGGAAAAAAACAACAAUAAAUCCAUUUAAUUUAA